AAUACAGAGUCGCACCAUCUUCCCGAACCUGUCCCUACCAAACAAAAAACGAUUUGCACAUACAAUAAUGUCGGAUUUUGCUGACUCGUUAGAUCAUGACUCGUUGACUCAAACUGAGUUAACUCGUCCGUUUGACGACGACGACGUCGUCUACAACGACAAUAAUUCCGAAUCUCAACAAUUCGAAUCGUUUACUGGAAAUGACGACGUUUUUGAAACUGAUCGUGAUUAUCAUCCGCCGGUUUACGGCGAUAUUGUAUCGGAGGAAAAUGGAGGAUCGGACGGUCCGGUUUUACCGUCUCCGUUGGAAAUGCAAGCUGAGGAAGGAUUUGCUCUUAGAGAAUGGAGAAGAGAGAACGCGUUGAAGUUGGAGGAGAAAGAGAAGAACGAGAAGGAGAUACUGAGCCAAAUACUCAAGGAAGCUGAUGAAUAUAAGGUUGAGUUCCAUAGGAAGAGGGAGAUUACCUGUGAGAAUAAUAAAGCUUUCAACAGGGAAAAGGAAAAGGUAUUUGUGUCUAGUCAGGAGAAAUUCCAUGCUGAGGCUGACAAGAAUUAUUGGAAGACGAUCGCAGAGCUCAUUCCUAACGAAGUGCCAGUCAUAGAGAAACGGGGGAAGAAGGAUCAGGAGAAGAAGCCUGGUAUUGUCGUGAUCCAAGGUCCGAAGCCCGGGAAACCGACGGAACUCUCACGGAUGAGGCAGAUACUUAUAAAAUUGAAGCACAACACACCUCCGCAUCUAAAGCCCUCUCCACCAUCAGCACCGUCCCCUAGUAAGGAUGCUAAGACCGGCGAUGAGGCAGCUCCGCUAGCUAAAGCUGCCCCGGUAAUUACCACUCCGGAGGCAGUAGCUGUUGCUUAGUUGUUAUUCCAUUGCCUUAAUUGUGGGUAUUUAUAACAGUUUCACUAGACUUAAUCCGUAGUGUAUCUCUGACUAUAUUUAUCUCAGUUAGUUUCUAUGUAAAAAAGAAAAAUUACUCUUGCAGAGUUUACUUUUGGAUAUUCUAAUUACUAAACUUAUAUUUA